AUGGAGGCAUCUCAGGGUUGUGAGUUGUGGGUAUUGGUGCAAGAGCCCCCAGCACCCUGGGCCCCAGCAGAUGCAGAAACCCUCGACCCCGAGGAGCAGCGGGUAGAAGCAGCACUCGCUGUCUCCAAGGUGGCUGUGCUGCUGGUGCUAAAGAGGUCUAUGAAGGCUAUCGCGCUGCUGCAGCAGCAACAGCAACAGCAACAGCAGCAGCAGCAGCAGCAGCAGGCCCACAUAAAGGGAGACACAGCAACCCCCGCCAGGCUUGCGUUGCCCCCUGCAGCAGGAGACAGCAAACAACCAGCUAAUGCUGCUCCUGUUGUUGCUGCUGCUGCUGCUGCUGUUCCCGCAGCCGAAUCUGCUGCAGUGGGCGGCCCCCAUGCAACAGCAGCAGGAGGAGCCCAAGAAACAACUGGGAGCUCUGAUUCAGUUGGCUCUCGCAGCAGGUCUGCUGUUGCUGGUGGUGCUGCUGCUGCCGGUACAGCAGCAGCACCACCACCAACUGCAGCAGCAGCAGCAGCAGCAGCAGCAACAGGUCAUAUAUCUCGUCAUGGGGGUUCCCACGGGGGGCGUGGAGGCCCUUUGCAUGCAUUUACCUUCCGUGCGUUCGAAGGAUAUGUAUCUGAUAAACUUAAAACCAUCUUCCAGAGGUCCCCUCAGCAGCAGCAGCAGCAGCAGCAGCAGCAGCAGCAGCAGCAGCAGCAGCACUCUCGACUGUGGCAGGUGCUGGCUGGGUCGGGGGGCCCCACAUCCUUUGGGGGGGUCGCACCUCCACCUGGCUCUUAUCGUAACUCAGCAGCAAACGCAAGAACAGCAGACAAGCAGACGAAGCUGCUGCUGCAGCAACAGCAGCAGCUGCUGCUGCUGCAGCAGCAGAAGCUUGCUGCAGCACGAGCUGCUGCUGCAGCAAGAGCAGCUGCACGCAGGAACCAUUAUGCCUUCUCCGGUGUAUCAGCGGACCCUGAUGAGGAGGGCCCAGGGUUGCAUCUGUCUCCUGCUGCUGAAGCUGCUGCUCUUGCUGCAGCAGCAAACCUAGACAGCAAUACAGAGGACCCCAUUGAUGCUGAUGAUGAGGCAUGUGCAGCAGCAGCAGCUGCUGCUGCUGCUGCUUCAGGAAGAGUUGUCUCCCUUGCAACAACUGGGGCUUUAAACCUUCGUUUUCUCCUUGAAACAGCUCAACCAGCAGCAGCAGCAGCAGCAGGAACAGCUGUUGCUGCUGCUGCUGCUGUUGCUGCUGCAGCCGAGCAUACAGCAACAAAUGUGCAGCAGCAGAACUUUCAGGUGCAUACCCUUGAAUUCUCUCUGGAUAAACUCUUUUGUCAGCCUGGCAGCCUGCCCUUAGCUUCUCCUGCAGCAGCAGCAGAAGAGCAGUCUUCACACUCCUUAGAAAAAUUCUUCGAGUGGUUGCUGCGGCAGCUGCUGCCGCGGUGGCGUAGGACUCAUGAAGCAGCAGCAGCAGCAGCAGCAAAGCACUCUCCAGCACUCACGCAUCAUCGUCAUCAUCAUCAUCAUCAGGAGCAGCAGCAGCAGCAGGAGCAGCAGCAGCAGCAGCAGCAGCAUAGUGGAGACAAGGUCGAGGCUGAGGAGGAAGGAGGCCCAGCCGACUCUCCUCUCUCCCCCAGAACCAGCAGCAGCAACAGCAGCAGCAGCAGCAGCAGCAGCAGUUUACACCAGCGCAUGCACGCUUCUCUGCAGGAGACUAUAAAGCUGCAUGCACAGAAGCCAUCGGGGUGUCUCUGUGUGGUGGAAUUUCUUUCUGCUGCUGCUGCAGAUGAAUCGUUCUUAGAUGGGAGUGGAGAGACAGCGGAGGCGCAUGCAUCCUUGCUGGACGUCCUCUCGCUGCUGCUGCCCCGCAGCAGCAGCAGAGACAGCAGCAUUAGAGACAGCCGCAACCGGGACAGCAGCAGGCUGAAUAACAGCAGCAUACUCUAUCCUGAUCUCAGCACCUGCAGCUGCAGCAGCACAAUCACCACCAUCAACAACAGCAACAGCAGCAGCAGCAGCGGCAACAGCAGCAGCAGCAGUAGCAGCGGUGGCAGCAGCAGCAGCAGCGGUGGCAGCAGCAAUAGUGAGGCAGCGGAAGCACCAGCAACAGCAGCAGCAGCAACAGCAGCAGCAGCAAAUGCGUCCGAGGCAGCAGACUCAAAGCCCCAACGAAUUUGGACCUGUUUGCGCUCCCGCGUUGCUGGCAGCACGAGGCCCUCCAACAGCAGCAGCAGCAGCAGCAGCAGCAGGCGUUUGCUGCGGGUGUUGCUGAGAGCGCUGCUACGAGCAGCAAAGGAGACACUCAAACGGUGGAGACACUUAACUGUCUCCCUUUACCUUGGGAGCCUUCAUAUAAUGAAACGCCGUACCCUUGUCGGAGCCUCCAAGGCAGCAGGGGGCCCCUGGGGGGCCCCGGUGUCAGUGAGGGCCCCCAUUAUAUCUACUUCAUUAGGACUGCUUGGGUGCGCAGCAGCAGCAGCAGCAGCAACAGUAGCAGCAGCAGUAGCAGCAGCAAUGCCAGCAGAAGCAGCAGCGUCACGAUCAGCAGUAGCAGCAGCACCUGCAACAACAACACCAGCACGAGCACCACCAUCUACAGCAGUAGCAGCAGCAGAAGCAGCAGCACCAGCAGUAGCAGCAGCAGCAGCAGCAGCAGAAGCACAUGUGUCUGCAGUGUCUGUACAGAUGCUGGAGGACGGCAGCAUCACUUACAAUGAUAUUCGCUACUGUCUCCUCUGUCCCCCCUCAACUCUGCAUGUGCCUUCUAAACCCCUAAACCAGCAGCAGCAGCAGCAGCAGCAACAGCAGCAGCAGCAGCAGCAGCAGCAGCAGGGACCAGAGUUAGAGGAAGAUAUUAGUUGUAUGAAGUCUCCCUGGCGAGAGACACUGCAGCUUUUCCAGCUGCCUCCGUUGGCUCUAGCGAAGAAGGAAGCAGCAGCAACAGCAACAGCAACAGCAACAGCAACAGCAACAGCAACAGCAACAGCAGCAACAGCAGCAGACGCUCCUGCUCAAGGGAAUGACAGCAGCAGCACCCUUGGAUGGCUGUUGCGUCUGCUGCUGGAAGAAGCCACUCAGACCAUCCUGCUGACGAGCAUACGUUCUCCUACUAGCUUGGAAGAUUCUCUUUUGUGUCUCCAAGUAGCAGAUACACUCAAACGGUUUUGCAUGCGACCCAAAGGCCCCCAGCGCAUGCAGACACCGAAACCGGCAGCAGCAAAAGUCGCUCAACUCGUAUUGGAAGCCUUCUCCCAGCAGCAGCAGCAGCAACAGCAGCAACAGCAUGAGCAGCAGCAGCAGCAGCAAGAGCAGCAGCAGCAGCAGCAGGACACAAGACAGAAGCUUCUGCCAGAGGUGUUGGAGCGACUGCGCGCAGCGUCUGCCUUGGCGUCUCCGUUGUCCCUUCAUGCGCUGCUUCUAGAGCAAUUGUCGCUUAAAAGAAAACGAGAAGAAGGCGAACAACUAAUGCAAAAGGAGACAGAUGCUUCCGAUCCGCAGCAGCAGCAGCAACAGCAGCAACAGCAGCACCAGCAGCAGCAACAGCAGCAACAGCUGGAGAGGCAGAAGGAGCCAGAACCAAGCUCCCAGUGCAGCAGCAGCAGCAGCAGCAGCAGUGGAGGGGAGACUGAGGAGGUAGAAGCAGCGGGGCGAGCCCUGUUGUUGCUGCAGCAGCAGCAUCCUUCUUGCUGUUUGCUGUUGUCUCCUGCUGCUGCAGCAACAGCAACAGCGCUGCAGCGGCUUGCAGAUGCCUUAGAGGGCCUCAAAAUCGUGAAGCCACCAGGCCUGUACAACUCCGGUGCCAGCAGCAGCAGCAGCAGCACUAACAGCAGCAGUAACAGCAGCAGUAGUAGUAGUAGCAGCAGCAGCAGCAGUAGUAGCAGCAGCAGCAGCAACAGUGGCAGCAGCAGCAGCACAGACACUGCAGCAAAGGCUCUAAGGAUCUGCCCCCCCAUUAUAUCUGCUGCUGCUGAGGCUCGCAGCCGCAAGCUGACAUUUUCUAAACCCGAGUUCCACCUGGAAGUCCUAGGAGGAGUGGGGUGUCCCUCUUCUUAUUACAGUUUACCUGCUGCAAUACUUACUGCGCGUCUGCCUGUUGCUGCAGCAGCACCUGCAGGAGCAGGAAAACUAUCAGCAGCAAAUCCCGCAGCAGCAAAUGCAGCAGCAGCAAAUGCAGCAGCAGCAACAAAAGUGCUUCACCAGCAGCACUUCUUCGUAGGGUCUAGCGAGGAAUUCGCGAGUAUCUGCUUUGUGCUGCCCUGCUGUCCUUCUAUUGUGCUGUCUCUACACCCUCACCGUAUGGGGACGAGGAGACACCCCACACCUUCUGUUACAGCAACCUGCAUUCUUGGAGAUGCAGUAGCAGUACCUGCUGCUGCUGCUGCUGCUGCUGGUACUGGAGCUGCUGCUGCUGCAGCUGCUGCUGCUGCAGGCGUUCGCCAGACCCCACAGCAACAGCUGCACCAGUUGCAGCAGCUGCAGCUGCAGCAGCUGCAGCUGCUACAGCUGCAGCACCAGCGCCAGCUACAGCCUGCUGCAGCAGCAGCAGCAAAUGUUCAUAACGGAAUACUUGGCUGCUCCUUAAUUGCUGCCAAGUUGCUUCGCCAUCAAAAGGAGACAGCAAAGAUAAAAGAAAAAGAUUAUUAUAUGAAGAGCAGAAGAGACGCAGCCUCCCGUUGUGAGGAGACAGAUGUGCAGGAGCAGCAGCAGAAGAUGCUGCUGCUGCAGCAGCAAAUACAGGAGGUGCACCACCAAAUGGAGGAACUGCAGCAGCUACUAGAGCAGCAGAAGCUACCCCACCAACACCUGCAGCAACAGCAACAGCAACAGCAACAGCAGCAGCAGCAGCAGCACCUAGACGACCCGCAGCAGCAGCAAGAGCAACGAGAAGGCCACGAUCAGCAGCAACAGCAGCAGCAGCAGGAUGAACAGCAGCAGCAGCAGGAAGAUCAGCACCAGCAGCAACAGUCGCAGCAGCAAGAAGACCCGCAACACGAGCAGCAGCAACAGCAGUUGUUGCUGCUGGAACGGGAAGAAGACCCGCAGCAACAGCAGCAGCAGCAGCAGCAGCAGCAGCAGCCGGAUGGCCAGCAGCAACAGCAACAUUCCCAGAAGGAAGACCAACAUUGCCAGGAGGAACAGCAGGAGGAGGAGGAGCAGGAGCAGCAGCAGGAGCAGCAGCAGGAGCAGCAGCAGGAGCAGCAGCAGGAGCAGCAGCAGGAGCAGCAGCAAGAGCAGCAGCAGAAGCAGCAGCAGCAGCAGCUAGCGGCUUGCAUAGGCGACCCUGUUGCUAGGCCUUGUUGGGUUUUGAAAGGCUUAGAGAGAGAGGAGACCAUCGAUUUGCUGCACGGCGAUGUUUUGCUGCUGCAGCUGCAGCAGCAGCUGCUGCUGCUGCGUAUCUAUGAGAAGAAAGAAGAAGAAAGAGAAGCUGCUGCUGCUGCAGCACAAGGCCUCACCAGAAAGCAAAGAAGUGCUGCGCUUUAUAAGUCUCUUCUUAUGUCUCUGCUGCAGCACGUAGCACCGCCUCUGUCUUUGUUUGAAGCAUUUGUUCGCUGCUUAUCGAGACCUGAGGAUACACCGCGACUUCCUAUUGAGAGACCCUUUUGUUUCCUACUACAUGAGGACACGCAGCACCCGCAGCAGCAGCAGUGGCUGCGGCUGCAGGCAAUUUGUCUCCUCUGCAGCAGCACCGCGCGUCUCCUUUACUCCAUUACAGCAGCACUACAUAAGUACAAACAAACAGGAGACACCCAGCAGCAGCAGCAGCAGCAGCAGAUAGUCUUUACUCCUGUUCUAGUUUCACAGCCUCUCCCUUCGGACGACGGGCGGCAGCAGGAAGGCGCAGCAACAGAAGAUUUCUUAGUGGUGAGGGUCUCCGCUGGAGCAACGCGCCGCCGCGUGGGCACCUGGACACUGCAGCAAAUGCUGUACUUUUCAGACACUCUGCAAGCCCUUGCGGAAGUUCUGGUGGACUUAGAUGCUGCUGCUGCUGCAGUAAGCAGGAGCUUCAGCAGCAGAAGCAGCAGCAGCAGCAGCAACAACAACACCAGCAGCAGCAGCAGCAGCAGCAGCCGUUGCAGCUGCUGCUGUAAGGCAACUGAAGCCCGGCCUUGUGGGGUGUCUCCUUCUUCUCCUGCUGCUCUUUUGCUGUCUCUUCUCGGCGUCCUCUCUGAUAUGCCUCAGUAUACAGCUUCCUUUCAAGAUGUGCUUGCUGCUGCAUGCGCUCUCCUCACCGAUGCACCCCUGCAGCAGCAACAGCAGCAGCAGCAGCAGCAGCAGCAGCAGCACGAGCAACAGCAGCAAGAGCAACAGCAGCAAGAGCAGCAACAGCAGGCACGUUCACAGGAGAGCUCACAGGAAACGCACCAGCAGAACGAGCAGCAGCAGCAGCAGCAGCAGCAGAACGAGCACCAGCAUCAGCAGCAGAACGAACAGCAGCAGCACCAGCAAAACGAGCAGCAGCAGCAGCAGGACGCGCAGCAGCAGCAGCUGCAGCCGAAAGAGCAACAGCAGCAGCAGAACGAGCAGCAGCAGCAGGACGUGCACCAGCAACAGCCGAACGAGCAGCAGCAGCAGCAAGACGAGCAGCAGCAGCAGCAGAACGAGCAGCAGCAGCAGAGCGAGCAGCAGCAGCACAAACAGGCCGUGCACGAUGCAGCAGAACAGCAGCAGCAGCAGCAGCAAAACGCGCACCAGCAGCAGCAGCAGAACGCUCACCAGCAACAGCAGCAGCACCAGAACGCACAGCAGCAGCAGCAGCAACAGCAGCAGCAGCAGCAGCAACAGCAGCAGCAGGUGGGGGAGAGGGUCUCUGAGGAGACGGGGUCUCCUCAAGCAGCACCAAAGCGGGAGACAUGCAGGAGACAGCUCCGCCGCUGUCAGAUACUUGCUGCUGCUGAGUUGAUGGAAGCCCUAAAAACACCAGUAAAGCGUCUCUCGUCUGUAACAAUAGAAACCCCUCCUGCAGCAGCAGCAGCAACAACAACAGUUCCAGCAGCAGCAGCAGCAACAACAACAACAACAGUUCCAGCAGCAGCAGCAGCAGCAGUCCCAGCAUCAGCAGCAGCAACAGCUGAAACAGAAGCAGAAGCAGCAGAACCAGACGCAGCAGCAACAGCUGCUGCUGCUGCAGCAAUCCUUUCAAAAGCACUGGAGGCCUCGCAAGCAGGGUUUGAUGCUGCUACGGGGCCCCCUGAGGCCGAAGAGGUGGCUGCACAGGCAGCGGAUCCUGCUGCUGCUGCUGCUGCUGCUGCUGCUGCAACUCCUCUUAGGGGAUCCAUAGACAACCAAGACCCGCUGGAGGGACAGCCGAGGUGUCUGCUGCAGCAGCAGCUGGGGGCGCCUCCCUCACUGCCUCUAGACUCCAGCGGCAGCAGCAGCAGCAGCAGCUGCAGCAGAAGCAGCAGCAGCAGCAGCAACGGCAGCAGCAGCAACAGCAGCAGCGACUCCGAAAGCGAGACUGAAAGCCUCUCCCCACUCCGCAGCAAAGGGGUUCUUCAGAUUCUGUCUCCUGCAGCAGCAGCAACACCAGCAGCACCAGCAGCAGAAGCACGUAGAGAAGCAGUGCCAGCAAAGGCCCCGCAUGCAGCAGCAACAGCAACAACAACAGCAGCAGCAGCAACAGCAGAGUGGGAUUUGUACGAUAGCUCUGUCUUUUACUCUGCAGAAGAAGGAGACAGUUUGUCUCCUUUAGACUCUGCUGCCAGCUCUAUAGAAGACGCAAGCCUCGGAAGGCUCAUUCAACCUGCAGCAGCAGCAGCAGCAGCAGCAGCAGGGAAUGCAGCAAGCCAACAGAAGACUCUUCAACGCCUAGAGGAGACUUACUCUGUCCACGAAAUACGCAAAGUGCAGCGCAUGCACAAACAGCUGAAGCGGAAGCUGCAAACCCUCAUACAAAUCGUAGAGCAGCAGCAGCAGCAGCAUUCACAGCAGCAGCAGCAACAACAACAAAAACAGGAGCAGCAACAGCAGCAACAGCAGCAACAGCAGCAACAGCAGCAACAGCAGCAACAGCAGCAACAGCAGCUGCAGGAUGACCAGCAACAACGAGAACAAGAGCAGCAGCAACAAGAACAGCAGCAACAACAAGUGCAGCAGCAACAACAACAAGAGCAGCAGCAGCAGCAGCAACUCGAGCAGAUGCAGCAACAGCAGCAGCUGCAGCAGCAAGGGCACAGCGUAGCGUCUACACCGCCCGUCUCCUUUGGUGCUGCUGACGGUGAAGCAGAAGCAAUAGGAGCUGCAGCAGCAGCCAUAACGAGGCAAGCAACUGCUGCAGCAACAGUAACUAGAGAAACAGCUGCAGCAAUAGCAGCAGCAACAGCAGCAACGGCAAAAGCAAAAGCAACAGCACACAAAGCAGCUGCUGUUGCUGCAGCAACAACAGCAGCAAGCAUAACUGAACGGGCCACAAUAGUAAGAAAAGAGGCGAGCGUCGUUGGUGCAGCAGCAGCAGCAGCAGCUGCCGCUGCUGCUGCUGCUGCUGCUGCAGCUGCUGGCACGCAGGCCCAAGUCGCAGCAACGGCAGCAAAGGCACAGGCAGCAAAAGACGAGGCAAUUAUUGUAGCUGCAGCAGCAGAAGCAGCUGCAGCAGAUGUGGCAGCAGCAACUGCUGAGGAAGCAGCAGCAACAACAGCAGCAGAAGCAACGGAAGCAGCUGAUGCAUUCGCAUUAGCGGCAGACUCUGCUGCUGCUGCUGCUGAGAUAGAAGCAACAGCAGCAGCCGAAGCAGCAGCACAGGCGAGGCUAGCGGAAGAAGAGGCAAUCGAUAUAGCAGCAGCAGCAGAAGCAGCAGCAGCUGAUGCUGCGCCAGAUGCAGCAGCAGCAGCAGCAACUGCAGCAGCUAACAGAGAAGCAAAGGAUGAAUCAGCUGCAGAACAUAAUAUGCUAGGAGACACUGAAGCAGCAGAUGCAGCUACCCAGGAAGGAGUAGCAGCAGCAGCAACUGCUGCUGCUACUGCAGCAGCACGGGGCCUCCUAAUGCCGACGCCCCUAGCAGCAUCAACUACAGCAGCAGCUCCACCGGACACUGCAGCAGAAUGCUCAGCAGCAGCAGCAACAGAUGCAGCAGCAACCUAUGCAGCGCCAGAAGCGGGAGAUGCAGCAGCGGCAGAUGGAGCAGCAGAAGCAGCAGCAGAUGCAGCAGUAGCAGAUACAGGCGCAGCAGAAGAAGCAGCAGCAGCAGUUGCAGCAGCAAUAGGUUCAGCAGCACCAACAGCAGAUGCAGUGAAAGGCAGCGCCCGUAUAGAGAUUAAGGGAGAAGUAACCCUAGCAGCAGCAGCAGCAGCAGCAAAAACAAGUGCAGCAGCAGAAGCUGCAAGAGCACGGGCAUCUGCUGCAGUAAGAGCAGCACAAGCAAAGUCCUCAGCGACAACAGCAAAAAUCAAGGAAGCAGCAGCAGUGGCAGCAGCUGCAGUAUUAGCUGCAGGAGCAGCUAAAGCAGCAGCGAUAUCUGCAGCAGCAGAAGCGGGAGCAGCAGAAAUUGCAGCAGCAGAAGAUGCAGCAGCAGAAGCUGCAACAGCAGAAGCUGCGGCAGUAGAAGCUGCAGCAGCAGAAGCUGCGGCAGCAAAAGCUGCAGCAGCAGAAGCUGCGGCAGCAAAAGCUGCAGCAGCAGAAGCUGCAGCAGCAAAAGCUGCAGCAGCAGAAGUUGCAGCAGCAAAAACCGCAGAAGCGCAAGCCGCAGCGACAGAGACAACUGCAGCAACAGAGGCUGCAGCAGUAGAGACAACAGCAGCAACAGAAACUGCAGCAGCAGACACAACAGCAGCAACAGAUACUGCAGCAGCAGAGACAACUGCAGCACCAGAAGCUGCAUCGGCAGAAGCUGGACCAGAAGCGGCAGCAGCAGCAGCAGCUGAAGCCACAAAGACUGCAGCAGCAGAGACAACUGCAGCAGCAGAGACAACUGUCGAAGCAGAUGCUGGAGUAAGAGAAGCUGAGGCAGCCGAAGCUGCAGCAGCAGCGGCAGCCGCAGCAGAAGCUGCAGUAGCAAGGGCUGCAGCAGCAGCAGCGGCGAAAGUUGCAGCAGCAGAAGCUGCGGCAGCAAAGACAGCAGCAGCAGAAGCUGGAGCAGCACAGACAGCAGCAGCGGAAGCCAUUGAGGAAGGCAUGCUGCUGGUUUCUGGUGCUGCAGCAGCAGCGAUUGAGGGGAGGAGACAGGUGUCUGAAGCAGCAGCAGAUGCUGCUGCUUCUGCUGCUGCUGCUGCUGAUGUUGCUCGCAAGGCAGCAGCAGCAGCAGAGCAGUGCCAGCAAGCAGAGGUUCGGAGUGCAGCAGCAGCAUCAGCAGCAAAAGCAGCGGCAAGUAUCACAACAGCUGCAGCAGGAGAUGCGUCUGCUUUACUGUUGCGUGCAGCAGCAGCAGGGGAGCAGCUGCAGGGCACCGCUGCUGCUGCUGCUGCCUCAGGGCAAGAGGCUGCAGCUGCUGCUGCUACUGCAACUGCUGCUGCUGCUGAUGCACAGCAGCAGCAGCAGCAAACACUUACGUUCAAAGAAGCUGCAAAGGCCGCGGCUCUGCGGGCUGAAGAUAGAGCAGCAGCAGCAGCAGCUGCUGCUGCUGCUGCUUCCUCAGGUCAAGAAACUGCAGCAGCAGCAGCUGCUGCUGCUGUCUCAGGUCAAGAGGCUGCAGCAGCAGCAGCUACUGCUGCUGUCUCAGGUCAAGAGGCUGCAGCAGCAGCAGCUACUGCUGCUGUCUCAGGUCAAGAAGCUGCAGCAGCAGCAGCUACUGCUGCUGCUGCCUCAGGUCAAGAAGCUGCAGCUGCUGCAGCUGCUGCAGUUGCUGCUGCUGCUGGUGCGCAGCAACAGCUGCAGCAAACAGAUACAUUAAUACAAGCUGCAAAAACAGCAGCUCUCCUUGCUGAAAAUAGAGCAGCAGCAGCAGCUGCUGCUGCUACUCUGCUGGAAGAGACACAGCAGCAACACAGUGCUGCUGCUGCUGCUCUGCAGCAGCAGCAAACAGAAGUGGCAGCAGCAGCAGCAGAAAUAACAGCAACAGUGCAAGCAGCAAAGAGCGAGGAGGCAAAAAUCAAGGAGAUCACCGCAGCAGCAGCUGCUGCUGCUGCCGAAGUGCAGCAGCACACAGCAGAGCUGCAGCAACAGAAGGAAGCAGCGGCUGCAUCUUUGAAUUCUGCUGCUGAGGCAGCUGCUGCUGCUGCGCUGCGGAAGCAGCAAGUAGAAGAUGCAUACAUCAUUGUGAAGGCAGCAGCAAACGAAGCCAAGGAAGAAGCAGCAGCAGUAAGACGAGAAGCUGCAGCAGCAGAGCAGCAGCUGAAGUUUAGUUCUGCUGCAACCCAACGCAUGCAGCAAGCUGCAGCAAGUGCUCUUGCUGCUGCUACUACUGCUGCGCAGCAGCACAAAGAAGAAGCAGCAGCUCACGCUGCUGGAGCGCAGCAGCACGUGCUUGCUGCCGCAGCUGGGGCCAAGGAGGUGCAGCAGCAAGUAGCAGCAGCAGCAGCGGCUGCUGCUGCUGCUCAGGAGCAGCACCAGAAGGCAAAUGAAUGGGAAGGGCUUGCGAAGGCAGCAGCUGCUGCUGCUCAGCAAGCUGCUGCUGCUGCUGGGGAGCUCACGUCGACUAUGCAGCAGCAGCACGCUACUGCUGCUGCUGCUGCUGCUGCGCAGCAACAGCAGCAGCAACAGCAGCAAGCCUUGGAAGCAGCAGAGCAGGCGAAACAAGCGGCUGUCGCAGCACAGGAAGCUGCUGCUGCUGCUGCUGCUGCUGCUGAAUCAGCAACAGCAGACAGCGAGCAGCAACGGUCUGCUGCUGCUGCUGCUGCGGCGGCUGCUGCUGCUGCUGAGCAAAACGAAGACAGGAAGCUCCUGUGUCUCGCUAACGCGGCUGCAGCAAGUGUAGCCGACCUGCAGCAGCACAAAGAAGCAGCAGCAGCAGAUGCAGCAUCAGCGCAGCAACACAAGGAAGCAGCAGCAGACUGCGCAGCUGCCGCAGAAUCUGCUGCGCUCAAAUGUAUAGCCACAGCAGCACAGCUGCAGCAGCUUGCUGACAGGACAGCAGCAGCUGUUGCUUCGGAGCGACGGCGGCUGCAGCAGUCCUGGGAAGCAGCAGCAGCAGCAGCAGCAAAGUCUCAGAAGCAAGUGGAGAUGCUUCGUGCUGCAGCAGCAGCAGCAGCAGCAGAGACCAUCGAACACAGCAGCGUCUCCGCUGCUGCGCACACAGAAGCCCUUGCUGCAGCAGAAACAGCAGCAGAUGCAGCAGCAGCAGCUGCUGCUGCUGUGGGCGCAGUGCAGACAGCCGGAAGAAUAGCAACAAGGGGAGCAGCAGCAGCAACUGCUGCUGCUGCUGCAUCUCUGGAGUCAUCCGAGCAGGCGAAACGUGCAGCAGCAGAAGCAACAGCAGCAGAAGCAGAAGCAACAGCAGCAGCAAAGAGAGCGGAGUCGGAGAGGAGCAGCAGCGCGUCCUAUAUUGCUGCUGCAGCGUCAGCAGCUGCAGCAUCUGCAGCAGCAGCAGCGGAGCGCGCCUCCGCAGCAGAAGCAGCAGCAGCAGCUGCUGCUGCGAAAGCAGCAAGCAGCCAGGAAGCCUGCUGCACUGCAGCACGAGGAGCACUCACUUCUGUUGCUGCAGCAGAAGCAGCAGUACAAGCGGAGAGGGUGGCAGCAGAAUGUACCGGCCUCUCCAUAGCAGCAGCAGCAACACUGCAGCAGCAAACCUCCGCUCUAAUAAACCCUCUCCCUACCCUCCCCUUAGGGGGCCCCCACCACGGGGGGGCCCCCAACGGGGGGCCCCUAACUGGGGGGCCCCCCGUCAAACCUGAGGGGGCCCCUAAUGGGGGGCCCCCCCUUCAACCUGAGGGGGCCCCUAUAGGGGGGCCCCUCGUCCAGGCAGCAGAUAUACAAAGUGCUGGAGCACCGAACGAAGAAAGCAGCAAGUGCAGCAGAGAAGGAGACAAUAAUGUUUAUCUUGCUGCAGCAGCUACAGCAACAGCAGCAGCAAACGCAACUCAGCCUACUCCUUCUCCAGAAGAAACGGGCAAAACAAACAGACCCACUUCAAGCUGCAGCAAUAGCAGCAACAGCAGUAACAGCAGCAACAGCAGCAGCAACCGCAGCAGCAGCACUAGCUUUGUCAGUGCACUUGCUGCUGUCCCCACAGAACCUGCACCAUCGGAGACAGCCGAAUGUACGCCAAGGCUUUGGGCGCAGUGCCCCAACAGCAGCAGCGACAGCAGCAGCAACAACAACAGCAGCAGCAGCAGCAAUGAAAAGAGCACCAGCAGCAGCAGCAAAACCCCUGCCAACGCAAACAGCAGCAGCAGCAACAGCAGUAACAAGGAGGGGGUUUCACACGUCAUAAGACGUAGGCCUUGUCCGGGAGACCUGAAAAAUGCGGCCUCCUCCGCUGCUGCUGCUGCUGCUGCUGCUGCUGCUGCUGCUGCAGCUGAAACGUCUGCUUCCGCUGCACGGCUACUCCAGCGUGGCCUAAGCAGCCCACCAGCCUUCAACUGCAGCAGCAGCAGCAGCAGCGGUGGGCCCUUGCAGCAGCAAAGACAGCGCAGCAAAGACAGCAACAAGGAUAUAGGGGCAACUCCCUCUGUUAAGUGCAGCAGCAACAAUAGCAGCAGCAGCAGCAGGAGUGCAGCCUCCUCUAUUCAUCGUCAUCAGCAGCAGCAGCAAAGGCCCCCCGAACAGCCAAAACAGCAGCGAGAACAGCAGCAGCAGCAGCAUCCGGGGGCCCCAAAGGCUGCAGCUGUCUCUCUUUCUCAACGCAGGGGGCCCCCCACGUGUUCUUUGGGCGUCCGCUCCGCUUUCUGGGGGGCCCCCCAAGGGUACGGGGGCCCCCGUACCCUUGGGGGCCCCAGUGUGUUGGGUGUGGGGUUUGAAGAAGAGACAGCUGUUCGGCUGUCUCUGCAGGAGACACUUGCAGCAGAAAGGAGACGGAGACGAGAAAGAAAAAGAGAUAUGCUUAUACAGUCAAGGUCUUUUGCUGCUGCUGAUGCUGCUGCUGAUGUGGGUGUUGUUGUUGCUUCUGCACGUCGCUGA